UUUGGUGAUGUGGCUAUGCACAGAAAUUCAGCAGAGGAUAUUCUUCAAAUAAAAAGCAGAAACCGGUAUCUGAGAAGCACUCAUACAGUUUCGGCUACAUGCUCAGCCGGCUGUCCCAGGGCUUUACCAACGUCCUGCAGGAGCUGUCUGGGGACGAGCCCCCCGAUGGAGCUUCUCAGGAUAUGUUGGUUCCCCAACUCCCCCCUGGAGAUGCCCCCGGGGCACCUGAGGAGUCUGGGCCUGGGGUGGAGGAGGAGCCCCUGGAGAGGCUGGCCCAUCUGGAGCAGCUGACAGUGCAUCUCAAGGAGGUGGUCAGAGAUAAGGACAGCCAGCUGGCCACCUUCGAAACGCAGCUCAAGAGCGAAAGGGAGACAGCGGAGGCACGCUUCACUAAACUAAAGCUGCAGGCCAAAACCAAGAUGGCUGCUCUGAACAAACAAAUUGCUGACUUCAAAGGGCAGGAGGGAGCAGCGAGCUCUCCAGACAGCUCCUUCACCGGCUCAGCUCCUGCUGUGGAGGAGGAACUCCAGGAGCUGAGGAAGCAGCUCAGUGAGGUCUCGACCUCGACGAAGAACCUCGAGGAGCGUCUCCAGAUGUCCGAACAGGCCCUGUGUGAAAAGGAAGCCGUACACACGCAGCAGGUUCGUGUGCUUCAGGCAGUUGUCUGUGAAAAGGACGUGCGUUUCCAGGAGCAGAUCCAGAAGCAUGAGGACGAGCUGCUGAGGGUCACAGUGCAGAGGCAGAACGACGCCGAGCUGCAGCAGGUACAGCAGACUCUACGUACAUCCCAGCGGCGUUGUGAGGAGCAGGAGGAAGCCAUGCGGUCACGCUGCCAGGUGCUGGAGAUGCUGCAGGGGGAGCUGAACAAUGCCGACCAGCAGAAACAGAUCCUCACGGCUCAGUUCCGCCAGAGGGAGCAGGAGCUGGCUGAGGCUGGCAGGCAGAGGGAGCAGGAGCUGGCUGAGGCUGGCAGGCAGAGGGAGGAGGAGCUGGCUGAGGUUGGCAGGCAGAGGGAGGAGGAGAGACAGCAGUGGGCUGGGUGGUCCAGCCAGGCCCAGGCAGAGCUGGUGGCCCUCCGAGCCAACCUGGAGGCCUCCGAGAGGGACAGAGCAGCCCAGCUAGCCAACCUGGAGGCCUCAGAGCAAGACAGGUCAACCCAGAUGGAGGAGCUGACAGUGAAACUGGAGUGGGCCACUAGAGAGCGGGAGGAAGUGACCAACAGAGAACUAGUCAGGUUGGAGAAGGAGCUUGCUGCCUUAAGAGAGGAGCAUGGAGAGGGACAAAGGGCAGGAGAGGCCCUGGCUGAGUUGUUGACAGGCCUGCGCUCUCUGGCUGGUGAGGGGGCCGAGGAGGACAGCCCUAUUCCCACCGACCCGGCCCUGUGCCUGGGUACACUGCAGGCCCUGGAGGCCCGGCUGGAGAGGCUGAGGGUGGAGCAGAGGGAGAGCGAGGAACGCUGCGCCCAGGUCACCCACACCAUGGAGACAUUGCAAGAACAACUGGAUAAACGCACCGCAGAAGGCGAAGAGGCAGUUGCUAGGAUACAACAGCUGGAGCAGCAAAUUGGAAUGGCUGCUAGGGAGUCAUUGGUCCAGUGUGUGACUGACCCGUCUGUGGAAGAAGUGACUGAUGCUGAAAAAGCCCAAAUAUUGGCUCUGGAGCGGCAGCUAUUUGAGAAAGACCAUGAGUUGGCUGCCCUGAGAGAGAGUCUUGUGCUGGCUGAAGAGCAGGGCUCAAAUGAUGCGUUCAAGGUAAGCUCUGAUCAGAUUCUAGACCAGAGUGAGGACACUGCCAUGGCGCCCUGCGACAGUCCUACAGUGCUGCCAGACCUCCUAGAAGACACGCGAGAGGAGGACACCACCCUGGUGGCAGAGGAUAGGUCAAUCCUGUCAGUCUCCGCUGAUAACGAGAGCAGUCCAGAGCUCAUUGAACCCCAGUCUGACUCUCCCGGAGAAUCUAAGGGGGCCUCCUCUGAUGAGAUGGUCACUAGCAGUGACUCCGAGGUGGCCCACAGCAGCUGGACCCUCCUAGAGGCUGUGAACCAAGAUGAAGGUCAGCAGUCGCCUCCCAUACUGCAGGGCUUUGGCCAGCUCCAGAUGCAAUCCUGGGAAGAGAACAGCUCUGAGCAGGAAACAUCCACAGUCCAGGUGGAGUCCUCAUCAGUCAUCAUCUGUGAGACUGUGCAGGUGCACCUCAGCCAGCAGGGGGCGACCCUCUCUGACUCUGCCCCUGGACAGGUGUUUGCCCAGGACCUGGCAGAUGAGAUGCAGAACAGGUACAGUGAGCUCAUGGCUGAGCUCCAGAGAUUGAGAGAGGCUGCCUCAGAGUCACGGGAGAGAACCCAAGGCCUUGAGGAAGAGAUUCGGUCCCUGGCAGCUGCCAAGGAUGAGGCAGAGUCCCAGGCCCAGAGAUAUGAGGAAGAGCUCCAGUCAGCCAGGUCAGAGAUGGACACGGUGGCCCAGCACAGUGGCUCUGAGUUGGAGAGACAGAGCAUGGAGAUGCAUCUCCUGGAGGAGCAGCUGGCCAGCCUGCAGACAGAAGGCCGCUCCAAGGAGCAGAAGAUCCAGGCCCUGCAGGCAGACCUGGACGAGGCUCAGCGCUCUCUCUCUGAGCAGGAGGGCCAGGCCAGGAUGCUGAGCGCCCAGCUGGAAGAAGGGGAGAUCACCUCCUCUGAGCUGGAGCAGAGGCUCCAAGACAUGGAGGCCAGCCUGCUGGAGUUCUCUCAGGCUAGGGACAUGGCCAAAGCUGUACUGUCUGAGAGGGACACUGAGAUUAACGAGCUGCAACUGCGUAUCACCCAGAAAGAGCAGGAGAUGAUGGAGCUGAGCAAUGGCAUGUCUGCCAAACUGCUCCAGACCGGUGAGGAGAAGUUCCUGAUGAGCACUGAGGUCAAGAAACUGAAGAAGCAGAUAACUGGAGAAAAGGAGAAAGCGACAGGGGAGAGUCAUGUAGAGGAUGGUGAUGAGCUCACUAGUUUGCGAAAGGACAAAGAGGAUCUGACAACCCAAGUGGCCACCAUUAAAAAGAGGUUGCAGGCAGCCCUGGUGCAGCGCAAAGAGCUGAUGAAAAAAGUUGCAGAGUUUGAGAAAGAGGCAGAUCAAAGGAAAGGACAAGUAGGGAAAGCAACGGAGGAAGCCCCUGCAAGUGUACCAGCUUUAGAAAAAGACAGAAAACAAGAGGUUAUGGCAAUUGAGACUACUCUCGAAGAGUUCAGACAAGCCUUGAAGUCCAAAGAAGAGGCCAUGGAGGUUUUGGAACAGAAAAUCAGCCAGCAGGAUCAGGUUCUGGAAGAGACACUUGAAAUGAACAGAAGGCUGAGUGAGGGAGCUCAGCAGACUCCAGAGGCUGACACCUCAGCUGAAAUCCCUGGGUUGCAGUCCCAGGUGGCCUCACUGGAGUCAGAUUGCGAAACACUGCAAAAGAAACUCCAGGAGGCCCAGGACUCUCGCAAAGACACCAUCCGCAAGGCCAAAGAAAAGGACAGGCACCACCGCGAACAGCUAAAACAGCAAAAGGAAGAGUACAACGGGCUGUUGGAGCGUUUGGAGGAGAAGGUUGGUGAACGAGAUGGGCUGUUGACUAGACUGAGCGAGCUUGAGGAACUGCAGGCACAGAAAGAGGUGAGCAAAGAGAAGGAAGUACAUGCUGAGCUGGAGACCAACGUUGCAGUGGAGAAGAUUGAGAAGCCAGCUGCAGGAGAUUGGGUCCAGGAAGACUGGGUGGAAUUUGCAGCUCCUGAGAAUGAAGCACAACAACAACAAGGUGAUAAACCCAUUACCAGUGCCGAGGAACCCUCUCAGCUACUUUCAGCUGACAUUGAGGCCUCAUUACAAGCUCUGAAAGAAGAGGUCCAGGCUGAGAAGGCAUCUUGUACAGAGUUGGAGGGCCAACUGCAGGAGAGCCAGGCUAGCCUGUCACUCAGGGAAAGUGAGCUUCUAGUGCUGGGUGAUGAGCUGCAGGCCCUGAGAGAGAAGGAGAGCCAGAUUGAACUUGUCUAUGAGGAGUUGGAGGCUCUGAGGGAGAAGUGUCUCCAGGCUCAGACCUAUGCAGAAGCUGUGAAAGCAGAGUUGGAGGCUGCGGCCAAGGGAGCCGCCUCAGACUCUGCUGAGUCCACCAUUGCCAUCCUGCAGACAGAGGUGGAGGAAUUCAAGCAGUUCCUGAGCAACAAGAAUGAUGAGAUCAUGGAACUUAGCCAGCAGCUGGGUGAGCAAAGCUCCCUCCUCCAGUCCAUGCAAGAGACAGUGUAUGAGAAGGACCAGUCGAUCGCCUCCCUGCAGGAAGGCCUAAGAGCAGAGAAGGAAAAGAGCCAGAGACUGGAGGCCGAGGUCCCCCAGAGGCAGGAGGAAGAGAAGGGCAGCGAGGCCAAGAUCCUGCAGCUUCAGCAGAAGCUCAAAGCUGCCCUUAUCUCCCGCAAAGAGGCCCUCAAAGAGAACAAAAGCCAGAAAGAAGAGUUGGCCUCCACUGAGAAAGUCAUCACUGAACUGCAUCAGAAGAUGGAGGCUAGAGAAGUCGAGCUGGAGAAGCUGAGAGCAGAAAGAGAGAGGCUGAUAGUGGAGAACCAGAGCCUUGGAGGGUCCUGCGAGAGCCUCAAGCUGGCCAUGGAGGGUAUGCUGACAGAGAAAGACUUCUGUAAAAGAGAGGCAGAGUCUGCCAAAGAGGAGGCUGCCCGGGCAUGCAGAGAAUGGGAGGAGAAGGUGCAUGGGAUGAAGGAUGAGUAUGAGACUCUGCUAAAGUCCUAUGAGAACGUGAGUGAUGAGGCAGAGCGUGUGAGACGUGUGCUGGAAGCUGCUAGGCAGGAGAGGAAGGAGCUUGUUGCUAGAGCCAGGACCCACGAGGCAGCCAGGCAGGAGGCUGAACGGCAGAAAGAAGAGGCCCAGAAAGAGGUGGACACUGUCAAAGACAAGAUGAGGAAGUUUGCCAAGACCAAGCAGCAGAAAAUCAUGGAUUUAGAGGAGGAGAAUGAGAGUCUCAGAGAGAUGGAUGAAAAGAAAGGAAUAAGAAGGGAGGACAAGGCACUCAAAGGAGAACUUGAAAGACUCAAAGAGGAGUUUGAGGCUCUGAAAGCUGAUUUGAAUGCCACUACGGCACAGAGGGACUCCUUAGAACAGCAAGUUGUUGAGGUGAGGGAACAACUAGCCCAAGAGCUAGAGAAAGGGGACAGAUUAGCUCCAGAUAAAACCCCCAGCUCUGAUGAUGUAGUGGAGGAGACUAUUGUUGCCCAGCAGUCUAGUACAGUCAUGACUAAAACUACCCAAGAGCUAGUUAAGAGCCAGCCUCAGGACAUAGAGCCACAUAGUCAGGACAUAGAGUCUGAGGUAGCUGCACCUGAAACGCCCUCUGUUGAGAAGAUGGUGAAGACCGAAAUAACUGAAAAUACACAGGCCCUAAUUGAUGAGAAAUUGAGCAAAAUGGAGGCAGCCCUACAGUCAGAGAGGGAACUGAGGCAACAGCGCGAGGCUGAACUCACUGCUGAGCUGGCCUCUCUAGAGCAGCGCCUUCAGGAGAGUAAAGAGAAGGAACAGACUCAGAGGGAUGAGUCGCUGAAGACGGACAUAUCUGAAAGUGAACUGGCCGGAAUUGAAGGAAAGCGGAGGGAAAUGGAGGCAGCCCUACAUUCAGAGAGGGAACCGUGGCAAGAGAGUGAGACUGAACUCAAGGCUGGACUAGCCUCUCUAGAGCAGCUCCUUCAGGAGAGUAAAGAGAAGGAACAGAGCCUGAUGGAGGAGAGCUCUAAAAGGGAAGCCCAACUCCAGGAGCUCCACAGCAGCCUGGAGGUAGAGAAGGACGACCUAGAGGAGCGUCUGAUGAACCAGCUGGCCCAGCUGAAUGGCAGCAUCGCCGGCUACCAGCAGGACGCGGCAGACAGCCGGGAGCGCCUUGCGGAGCUGCAGCGGGAGGUGGAGAGACUGGAGAGGGAGCGGGCCGAACUGGAAGUCCUGGCCGAGAGCGAGAGGGACCGGGCAGCCAGGCUGGAGGAGGACAAGAGGCAGGCCCAGAGAGAGAGGGCCGAGGCAGAGGCAGAGUCAGGGAAGCAGAGGGAGCUGGAGCAGCAGCUGAAGUCCGCCCAGAGGGUGAAAGAGGGCAGCCAGAGCCGGGCAAAGCAGCUGGAGGAGCUGCUGAGAGAGAAGCAGCUGGAGGUGCGCCAGAUGCAGAAGGACUGCAUCCAGUACCAGGAAAGGAUCAGCGAGAUGGCCAGGGAGGGCAAGGCUUUGCAACUGGGCAGCAACGAGGUCCACAAAGAGCUUGGGCAAGCCUAUCUGGAGAGGACCAAAGUCACAGACGCUUUGAAGAAGACUGAGGCUGAGCUAUCUAGCUGCAAAGCCCAGCUGGUUGAGGCCCAGACAGAGGCCAGCCAGGCCCAAGCUGAGAGGAGAGCCUGUGAGCAGACCGCUCUACAGAGAGAGGCUGAGUUGAAAGCAGAGGCAGAGCAGAGCCUGGACUCUGUGAGGUUCAGGCUGGGAGCCGAGCUGAAGCAGAUUGAGCUGAGGUUGGAGGAGUCUUACCGGGAGAGGGAGAGAGAGGAGGAUGCCACCCGGGAGGCAAAAGAGCUGGCUGACACCGCUGAGAGACAGGCCCAGCAGAUGCAGGCCCGCCUGGAUGAGUCUCUGGCCCGACUGGCUGCCUUCUCGCGCUGUAUGUCCUCCCUGCAGGAAGACAGGGACCGCGUGCUGGAUGAGACCCGGCAGUGGGAGAGUCGCUUCAACAGCACCCUCCAGGGGAAGGAGGCCGAGGUGCGGGAGGGAGAGACCCGGUCCAGAGAUCUGGCUGAACAACUGCAGAAAGAGACCGCACAGAGAGAAGAGCUACAGCUUACAGUGGACAGACUACAGAAAGCAGACGAGCAGUGGCAGCUGAAAUGGGAGCAGGAAGAGAAGAAGCUCCGUGAGAACCAGGCUGCCCUGGAGCAGGAGAGGGGGGAGCUUCAGAAGUCCCUAGCCCAGACCGAGACCUCCCUGGCUGACGCUCGCGCCCACCUGGCCUCCCUGGAGAGUGAGGCGGAGGGGCUCCGCCACAGAGCCCAGGCCCUGGAAGAGGUAGUUGGGAAGCUGCAGGGAGAGACCAACGAGGUCAGGUCUCAGCUGAAGGAGAGGGAAGCAGAGGGGAGGAGGCUGGGCCUGAGCGUGGAACAACUGGAGACAGACCUGCGCUCCUCCAAGACCCUGACAGAGAACCUGCAGACAGAGCUGAGUGAGAAGGAGAGGAGAGAGGUAGAGCUGCUGGGGGAGAAGGAGCAAGCCGUGACACAGGCUGCAGAGGAGGCCAGGAGGGAGGCUGACGCCAGGGCCCAGGAGGCUGAGAAGGAGCUGGAGGAGAGGAGAGAGGAGGUGCGGGGUCUGGAGGACCGGCUGCGGAAGGCAGAGGAGGAGAGCAGCCACAGCAAAGCCAGGCUGGACGCCUUCACCAAGGCCAUGGGCUCUUUACAGGACGACAGAGACAGAGUACUUGGCAUGUACAAACAGCUGGAGGAGAAACAUCUGCAGGUGAUGAUGGAAAAGGACACUCUGAUCCAGGAGGCUGCUGCGGAGAAUAACAGUCUGAAGGAGGAGCUGCGCUCCCUAUUGGUCCAGAGGGACGACCUCCACGCAGAGAAGGCCAAGCUAUCUGCCCAGCUUCACAGCUACAGGGACGACCUUACCCAGGUCCUCACCAUGAAGGAGUCCCAGCACAAGCAGCUCUUGUCCGGCCAGCUGGAGCGCAUCGCUACCCUGGAGAAGGAGAGAGAAGAGCUAGGGACUAAGAUCAAGAGCCUGGAGGGAGGGGAGGCUUUCGUUCAGGCGGUGGAGAGGGAGGCCCUCAGCCAGGCUGGUGAUAGUGGAAACAGGCAGGUGAGAGACGCUCCCGGGGCGGAGGUAGAGAAGCUGAGGGAGCAGCUGCAGGCUGCCAGGGCCCAGGUGGAGAGCAUGGAGGAGAGCCUUGCCAAGGAAGGAGAGGUGCAGGAGGCUCGGCAGAAGGAGCUGAAAGAACUGCGUUGGGAGGGAGGGGUGACGCGCAUGGAAUCGGAGACAGCGGCCGAGAGGGUGGCCGAGCUGGCCCGAGACCUGCUGACCACGGAGCAGAGGCUGCUGGAGGAGAGGGAGGUGGCCGGCCAGCUCCGGGCCCAGAACCAGGCGUUCGGCCAGGCCAUGGCGUCACUGCAGGGCAGCAGGGACCAGGCACUCAGCCAGGCCCAGGAGCUCAGCCUCAGACUGGAGGAGAUGAGCAGGGCAGGGGGCCAGCAGACACCCACCACGGGCCAUGGAGGAUCCACUGCGGAGGUGUGGGGACUGAAGAACGCCCUGUCAGCCCUGCAGAACGACAGGGAGAGACUGUUGGAACAGCUGCAGCGGCAGCACUCAGAGCUCACUCGACUGGGAGGAGGAGAGCUGUCUAGACUCAGCCAGGAGCUAGAGGAGGAGAGGAGGAGGGCUGAGGAGAUGGGGGACAGGAUGAGGGAGCUGGACAACCUGAGGCAGAGGGAGAACCAGGAACUAGAAAUUCUCAGGCUGGAGCAGGUUGACUGGCAGGCCCAGGCAGAGCUCCUGAAGCAGCAGACCCUGGCCACCCUCUCAGACCGUGACCAGCAGGUGCGCCAGCUCGGUGCCAUGUUGAAGGAGGCCCGCGCCACAAGGCCCAAACCACCGGAGGUGGAACACCACCAGAGACAGGCACCUGUUGAGGCAGACCUGUCAUCUAAAGUAGGGGUCCUUCAAUCAGAGAGUGGCCCGCUGAAUGAUCUUCAGCUCUCGCAGGUGUUUGAGGAGAACCGCCAUCUCUCCUCCCAGUUCCAAGGCAGUUCCCAGAGGCUGGAUGAGGCCGAGAUCCGCUGCACUGCCCUCCAGAGGCAGCUCCAGGAACUGCACGAAGACAAGCGCAAGAGGACAGGGGAAGUGGACAGUGCCCCCGGAGCUCCUCAGCAGCACAGUGGCCCUUCAGAGAGCGAGAGCCUCAGGGUGGAUUUUAAAGAGCUCCAGCGCAGACUGGAUGAAGAGCAGCAGUAUCGGGUGGUUGUGGAGGAGCAGCUAAUGGCCGCCCAGGACCGCCUCAAACUGAUCAACCAGGGUGAAUGGCAGUCGGCCCACGAAGGGCAGUUCUCUGUUUCUGAGGCAGCUGUCCUCAUUGAGCCACCAGGAGGCUCUGUCACCCGAAUUCGGCGCAGCAGUGGGCCAGGCCUGAUGAGAAUACUGCGUGGGGCCUUCUGCUCUCGCCAGCGCACACCCCUGCUGGUGUCCCUCUACCUGCUCACCGUGCACGUGCUGCUACUGCUCUGCCUGGGGGGUUACGUUUAGGACCCCCUCCACCCCUUAGAGAGUGAGAGAGGAGAGAGAUGGAGAGAUAACGGACAUGUGACACAGACCCACCACCCCCUCUCCAAGACAGAUAUCAUACUACUGUUACAUUCAAUAGUGUAGAAUCGGAGAAGACUCGUUACACACACACACACCAUGCACUUUUGAUACAACAACAAAAAUAACAGAAGUGUGUCUUAGCCUGUUAACCAAAGUGAAUAGUUUUUUUAUGUACUGGGUGUCAAAAACACCCUCUGCCAUCAUUGAUUUGAUUCAAUAUUUAAUAUGUUACCGUUAGCGUACAUGAUCAGUCAAAUGUUAUUGUAGAGGAAAUGAGAAGCAGUAUUGCACUACCUCAGAACUGUUGUUUAUUAGACUUCUAUAAAGGGACGUGGAUAUUAUGCAUCUUUAAAUGUACCUGGGGGAACUAACAUGAAAUGACACUGUACAGUAGAUUUACACGGUGUUUCGUUUUUCAGCCAGUUUUAUAUUAGUGGUGGUUUAGGUGCCUUUAAAUGAGGAGAAUAAAGGGUCACUUCAUGUUUGGAUGGAGGGAGGGUUAGGAUCUGUGGAUCUGUUCAGAUCUCUCUCUCCUAUGUUCUCACGUACAAUGGACACCAACUGAAACGUGUACAACCUGCUAUGACUACAUUCCCACAACCAUCUAUUUAUUUUCUUUUUCUUCCUUAUUUUUCCUCUCAUUUUCUCUUUAAUUAAAGAGAGAGCACUGUCAAUGGCA